UCUCCUCCUUCCUCUUACCCUUCCGCCUCAGGGCGGUUGUGCAACCCCUGUCUCUUUUCCAUUCUGCAAAGAGGGCGACCAGUGGAGGGCAGCAGAGCAGGGCUGAGUACCUCACAGCUGAAUAUAAUUGCCCAGUGUCAGGCGCCGUCGCGGGAAAGCCUAACUGUUGGACCUUACGUGCACUGUAUUGUGUGCUACUGUAUUUACUUUGAAUGAGAGUGGAGGGCGAGGAGCUGGGGCGGCACAGUCGUUUCUGGUCUAGAGCUUCUUACUGCUGAGCCGCCCCGCGUACCCUUGCUGGCCAGCGAGUGGGUUGCUCCGACUCCUUCCCGCACACGUGGAAAGUCGGGGCCCAGCCGGCGGCGUCGGCGGCUGGGGCCCCUUCCCAUCGGGCUGCCCAGGGGAGCCCCGUCACAGCCGCAGCAAACAUCUAAGGGGCAAUUUCUAGCCGCCGCCCGGAUCCUGUGGCCGACUUCACUCUUAGUGCGCGGAAGGGGGAGGCUCGGCCACCCCUCCGUGAAGCCGUGAGUGGGCGAGUCCGGAGCGGCUGAGCAACUGCCGUGGCUUCCGGUUCCGUUGACAGCUGCACCGAAAACCAGAGACCCGGCUGCAGGAGCAGAUCUCGGCCCGGGCAGGGAGUUGGACCCUUGCAUUCUCAGAGAAAUUUGAGAAGCCGCCCUACUGGGGAAGUCGCUCGAACCGACACGUCCCAUCCAAUCGCGACCCGGCCGAGUUGGAGGUGGGGGCCUGACACAGUGGCUGCUAUGGAGCAGUGUGCAAGUGUGGAGAGAGAGGUGGACAAGGUCCUGCAGAAGUUCCUGACCUAUGGGCAGCACUGUGAACAGAGCCUGGAGGAGCUGCUGCACUACGUGGCCCAGCUGCGGGCUGAGCUGGCCAGCACAGGAUUACUUCAGAACUGAUGUGUUUCUCAGUGCAUCACAUCAGGAGGUACAAGCCAUCCAGGGAAGCCCUCUCUCAGCUACCCUCUCCCUGGUUAUGUCACAGUGCUGCCGGAAGAUAAAAGACACCGUGCAGAAACUGGCUUCAGACCACAAGGACAUUCACAGCAGUGUUUCCCGAGUAGGCAAAGCCAUUGACAGGAACUUUGACUCUGAGAUUUGCGGUGUGGUCUCCGACGCGGUGUGGGACUCGAGGGAGAAGCAGCAGCAGACCCUGCAGAUGGCCAUCUUGGAGCAUUUGUAUCAGCAGGGCAUGCUCAGUGUCGCUGAGGAGCUGUGUCAGGAAUCAACACUGAAUGUGGACUUGGAUUUCAAGCAGCCUUUCCUGGAGUUGAAUCGUAUCCUGGAAGCUCUGCAUGAACAAGACCUGGGGCCGGCACUGGAGUGGGCUGUCUCCCACAGGCAGCGCCUGCUGGAGCUUAAUAGCUCCCUGGAGUUCAAGCUGCACCGACUGCAGUUCAUCCGUCUCCUGGCAGGUGGCCCUGAGAAGCAGCUGGAGGCCCUCAGCUACGCCCGGCACUUCCAGCCCUUUGCUCACGUGCACCAGCGGGAGAUCCAGGUGAUGAUGGGCAGUCUGGUGUACCUGCAGCUGGGUUUGGAGAAGUCACCCUACUGCCAUCUCCUGGACAACAGCCAUUGGGCCGAGAUCUGUGAGACCUUUACCCGUGACGCUUGUUCCCUGUUGGGCCUUUCUGUGGAGUCACCCCUCAGUGUCAGCUUUGCCUCUGGCUGUGUGGCGCUGCCUGUGCUGAUGAAUAUCAAAGCUGUGAUGGAGCAGAGGCAGUGCUCUGGGGUCUGGAGUCACAAGGACGAGCUACCGAUUGAGAUUGAACUCGGCAUGAAGUGCUGGUACCACUCAGUGUUCGCGUGCCCCAUCCUCCGCCAGCAGACGUCAGAUUCCAACCCUCCCAUCAAGCUCAUCUGUGGCCAUGUCAUCUCCCGAGAUGCACUCAACAAGCUCAUUAAUGGAGGAAAGCUGAAGUGUCCCUACUGUCCCAUGGAGCAGAACCCAGCAGAUGGGAAACGCAUCAUAUUCUGAUUCCUGCUGGGGAGGAACUUUGUUGCAAGAGGUCUUUCACCCACAAGCCUUGGUCUGUCCCGGUGGGGGUGGCUGGCUUCCGUGAACUGUGGUUCAUUUCAGAGCAACUGGCUGAGGAGUGCCACUACCAACAGGGCCGGCCCUCUGGCAGAGGCCAAGGAGGGAGAUGAGACAGCCUACAGCAGGCAGCUGGCUUCCUGACGGAUGGCAGGGACUCUGGCGUCUUGUACUCCUGCUCUGCCUCCUGCUCUUUAUAUUUGCUGUUGACUGGUGGCAACUGACAGAAUAGCAAAGCACUUGGUGGGCACAGCAGAUGUCUUCCAUCCCUGCCCUCAGCCAGAUCUCUUCCUGCUACACCAAGGCUUGUGUCCCCUCCUCCCACUGUACAGCCUCACAGCUCUAUGUGUCAGUUCCCCACAGUAGUCCGGGAUAGAACUGAAUGCCGUUGUUUUAUAACUUUGAACAAAUAUAUUCACAGGCCUUCUCCUUA